CUUCACUCACUGUCUCUGGUUUGUCUCCCGGACUUCCAGACUCCGCCCGGCCUAGGUUUCCGUUCCAGGGCGCUAUCACAUCGCAUCGCAUCGCGUCCGUCGCCCCGUCUCCCGCCUCCGUACCUGGCCUGUCUGUCUGCCGCACCCUCCCGUGCCUCGACGCCGACAUCUGCAAAACCACCAUCCUCCAACGGACUCGAUACAUCUGGAAAACGAGAGCCUCACCGUGCCCAAGUUUCCCCAUCCUGCCAACCAGCCAGCUAGCCACCUACGGAAUUAGACACGUUCUGUUGUGCCCCUGCUGCCCGCUGCACACCACAGCCGCCGCCGCCGACAGCACCCGUACUGUACCGCCGCACCGCACCGUACGCACAGGAACACAUCCCCAGCAGCAACCACCCUGCCUUGCGUCAAGCCGUCCUGAUUACCUACGUCUCUACGUUCCUCGUCAACAGAGAAACCCCCUUGUCGUUUCUCCCGUCAGCCUGGGACCCGAAUCUUUUCACGAUCGUUCGUGCUAGCCGCCGUGACUAGACCGGAGACCACCACCGCGACUACCACCACCAACACCACACCUACCAUCGUCAUCAUUGCUUGCAUCGCCUGUAUCCGUUCCAGACAGCCGACAAGCCCCCUCGUCAGCUAGAGACCCCGUCGGUUGGUUUGCUUGACGUUGCAGAAAUAAUCCACGAGUCGCUCGUCCGCGCCCGUGCCGAUACCUCGACCGAGACAUUACUCGCCCAUCGCCUUUCAGCUGUCCUCCACCGGCAGCCACUGUCUUGUCUGCGAGUCUAGCUUCGCACUUGACUAGAGACCUUUGCUCCCAGCGUCAAUUCAACCAAGCUCUGGUGCUGGAUCGUCGUUUUCCCCCGCUACGGCCUCUGUUCGGAAUCUUUGCAUCAAUUCUCCUCAUUUAUUGAGAUCUACAGGCGCUGUUGCCUUUGCUUCGCUCACCCACGCGCCUUGAUUUGGACAAACGACGCCGAAAAUGUCGGCUCAUCGGCCAAACGCCUUCAAUAGCCUGCGGAUGGGAGAGGUUAUCCGUGAAAAGGUUCAAGAUGGAGUGACCGGCGAGACCCGAGACCUGCAGUAUACCCAGUGCAAAAUUGUCGGAAAUGGUUCCUUCGGCGUGGUUUUCCAGACCAAGCUGUCUCCAUCGGGAGAGGAUGCUGCCAUCAAGCGUGUUCUUCAGGAUAAGAGGUUCAAGAACCGUGAGCUCCAGAUUAUGCGCAUUGUCCGUCACCCCAACAUCGUCCAGCUCAAGGCCUUCUACUACUCCAACGGUGAACGUAAAGACGAGGUCUACCUCAACCUGGUUCAAGAGUUCGUGCCCGAGACCGUCUACCGAGCCUCUCGAUUUUUCAACAAGAUGAAGACCACCAUGCCUAUCCUCGAGGUGAAGCUGUACAUUUACCAGCUGUUCAGAGCUCUGGCGUACAUCCACUCCCAGGGUAUCUGCCACCGAGACAUCAAGCCCCAGAACCUUCUCCUAGACCCCAACAGCGGAAUCCUCAAGCUCUGCGAUUUUGGAAGUGCAAAGAUCCUAGUUGAGAACGAGCCAAAUGUUUCAUACAUCUGCUCCCGAUAUUACCGCGCGCCCGAACUGAUCUUCGGUGCAACUAACUAUACCACAAAGAUUGAUGUGUGGUCGACAGGCUGCGUCAUGGCCGAGCUUAUGCUUGGUCAGCCUCUUUUCCCCGGCGAGUCGGGCAUCGACCAGCUUGUUGAAAUUAUCAAGGUCCUGGGCACACCUACCCGAGAACAGAUUCGGACCAUGAACCCCAACUACAUGGAGCACAAGUUCCCCCAAAUCAAGCCUCACCCGUUCAACAAGGUCUUCCGAAAGGCGGACGCCAAUGCUAUCGACCUCAUCGCCCGCCUGCUGGAGUACACGCCAACUGAGCGACAAUCGGCAAUCGACGCCAUGGUUCACCCCUUCUUCGAUGAGCUGCGAGAUCCCAACACCAAGCUGCCCGACUCACGACACGGUACUGGUCAGCUCCGCGAGCUCCCCGCCCUCUUCGACUUCACCCGCCACGAACUCUCCAUCGCCCCUAGCCUGAACCACAAGCUGGUCCCCUCACACAUCCAAUCCGUGUUGGCAUCUCAAGGUCUCGACAUCGACAACUUCACGCCGUUGACGAAGCAAGAGAUGAUGGCCAAGCUCGACUGA